CGCUGAGUCACGCGACUGCCAGCCGACCGCGUCUCCCGCAUCCAGCGGAGCAGCGCACAAACGGCUUAGUGCCCCGUCGCCCUCGAGCCGCCCGCGUCGCGUCGACGCGUCGCCCAAACCCGAAAAAAAAAAAAACACGCACACACACAGCGAGACCCGGGCUUGGUGGCGCCGGCGGCUAUCGGAACCAACGCGCGUUUAGCGCCCGGAACGCUCCAACUUGGUCCGAGACCACGACCGUCUCCGAGGUUCUGCGCGUGUUCGCGUCGCAUCAGUGCUCUCUGGGAUACUCGUCUAGAGUCGCAUAAACGCGCGUCACGCUCGCCCUCCCCCCCCUCCUUUGUUGCUGCCCGUUGUAUCGCGUUCGACGCGUCGCAGGUUUCAGGGCUACGACGCGUGCCAAACGCUCACCGCGACAGCAAGACCGCCGACCCACUCCUGCUCUCUAGCCCUGCCUUGAAAACCAAAAAGAAUGCUGUACACGCUGAGCAACGCGUGCCCCGUCCCGUGGACGGCCGUCCAGGAACGCUCCCUCUCCCGCGAGUUCCCCGCCGCCACCGGGCAGACCACGGCCGCAGAACGCGUCGCGCGGACGUACUACCAGUUUCUGUGGCUCCCCGAGUCCAUCAUGCCCCUCGACCGCCUCACGCGCGCACUCGCCGCACCCCCGCAGCCGCAGCCGACACAGGCGACACAGGCGACGCCGCCGCUGCUGCUGCUCCUGCACACUGCCCUCCGCGCGCUCCUGCACACCCCGCGGAACGUCGCGCUCAAGUACCGCACGCGCGUCGCACGCGUCCUCGUCGACGAUGGCAGCGGCGAGGAGGAGGAGGAGGAGGAGGGGCCAGGGUGCGCGGCGGAGGACGAGGUGAUGUACGUCGCGCUGCGGCAUGACCGAGGCGACGAGCAGGACGGAGGCGAAGGCGAAGACAGGGGAGAGGGGGGAGAGGACCAAGGGGAGGAUGCGGGCGCGCGCUGGCGAAGGGGCGUCCUCGAGCGCAUGGAGCGGCGCGAAGCGAUGAUGCAAAUCCUCGUGCACAUGCUCUUGCUCACCCUUCCGCCUCCGCCCGCAGACAAAGACAAAGACAAAAACAGAGCCACACCACCCGCCGCACCGCAGCCGAAAUCGCGGCGCACGACGCGCCAGCGUUCCCCGCGCGGCGGCAGCGGCACCGACGCCGAGGAGGAGCUCAGCGCGCGGCUCGAGGCGCACAUGGACAAGCUCGCGAUGUGGCAGCUCGUGGCCACGCUCGACGGCAGCGACAGCGCCGCCUCCGCGCUGCGCGACUGGACGCAGGCGUUCUGCACGGGCGUCGUCGAGCCGCUGUUUGGAGAGAGCCUCCCCGAGCACUGUGCGCUCCUCCGCAGCAAGGUCUUCCGGAGCUCUCCCUUUGACGACGAUGACGACGAUGACAACGACGAUGACGGUGACGGUGAAGGUGAAGACGACGAUCUCGCCUCGCCACCUCCCGAGCCCAGACGUGCGGGCGCGACACAACAACAACAACAACAACAACAACAGCGCGCGGCGACGCCCUCGCUCUCCGCGACGCUCGCGGCAGAGGAGCGCGUCCGCGCGCGCGCACGCUCGCUCAGCACCGGGCCGCGCGUGCUCGUGCGCGAGGUGAGCAUGGCGACGGGGUUCCGGGGCCGAAAGUCCGCACCACGGGAAGCGGAGCAGGAGCAGCGCCGCCGGCGCCGUCUCCGCGGCGAAGGAACAGCAGGGGCAGGGGCAGCAAGGGCAAGAGCAGGGGCAGGGGCAGGGGCAGGGGCAGGGGCAGGUGGCGGAGGAACAGCAGGGGCGGCGGGAGGAGCGGCGGGUUCCCGGCACGGCACGACGCUCGUCGCCGCGACGCCUGUGAAGCCCCGCGCGUCGCAGGCACAGGCACAGGCAGAGGGGCGGCCGCUCCCGGCGCUCGUUCUCGCGGGCGCACGGGCGGUCGAGGGCGGCGCGGACGACGCGGAGUGGACGGUGCGCGCCGACACCGACGUGGACGACGAUGCCGACAACGACGCGGAUCAGGCGGCCGAGGCGUGGCUCGCAGGCACGCCCACGCGGAAGCGGAAGCGCGGGGCGUGAGGCCCGGCGGAACGUUCGCGGAAGCGGAUGAGUAGCGAGCACGUGAUCGUCUCGGACCCGCAUCUUGAUGCUUGUAUCAU